AAGCUAACCGGCUGGCUGCUCGUGUUGUGGUCUAUUGGCGGCUGGCCGAAGUGUCCAUGCGCCGAGGCUGAAGCCAGAGAGCCUCUGAGAUAGGCGCCUUUCUAAGCUGGAGUGCCUCCUACGUUUAGGGCUGCUGCGUUCCUAUAGCUCCUGUAGAGGAGCAGCGAAGACAGGCGAUCAUCGUCGCGGAUCCUCGACCGGUGCACACGCGCUGCAAACAUCCGAAUCGGUACCAAAGCGAGCUACACUGGCGCGCGGUAGAGAGCCAUGGAGGAGGUUCCGUCACCACUGAAAGUGGGCUCCCCAGUCGCAACAAGGAAUGCCUCAGAGGACCGCGUCCCCACGGCUUUGCGCGCUGGGUCGCCUGCAGUCGGUAGCGGAACACCCACGUCACAAGCGCGACCAGGUCUAACGCGACAGAAUACGUCUGGGUCCGACCGCCUAUCCCAGCUCUUCCCCUCCCGACCAGCAUCGAUCGCGUCAGUUAGCCCUCUCGAAUCGCCCUCAUUAUCGCGCCGCACAUCGUAUCCAUCGCCUCUGAUACCCGCCGCAGAGCCGUCGUACCGUAUACCUCGCGCUCCAGCGCCGCCGUCUUUCUCUGACGAUACUUCGUACAGCCCUUCGCCUGAUGCAGUCAGCCCGACUGGGUCGCAGUCUACACUGCAAAGCAGGAGCGGCACCAACAGGCUCUUGAACCGGCUCGCUUCGCUUCGUAGCGCUAGAUCAAGAGGGGGAAACUACAACAGGCUGGAAGAUGAGGAGUCUGGCAGGAGGAGGCUGCAAGAAGUUGAAGAGGUGGACGAGCCAUUAGGCUAUGAUUUGAGCGGUUUGGAUGGCGGAGUGCCAAUGCAACAGUUCGGGCAGCCUAAGAAGAUGCUAAGCGCGGCCGACGCAAUGGAAGCGGAGCGCGACCUCCACGAAGCUGGUUAUGCCGCCGAGUUCGAGAGGUUAGAAGCGCAACUUGGGGCGGGCAUGGCGACCGUCACAGAAGUGCCUUUCACACACGCUACACCGUCUGGAGACGAUACAGCACGUGGGCAUAGGAGAGGAUUGUCCGAUGCGAACAUCAUUGAUGUUGUCGCAAAGGAUGCGCAAGAGGAGGCUGAGAAGACCGGUGGCAUUGUAGCGGUCGCAGAGAUUCCUGUUGAUAUCAGCGAUAUGGCGGGGCACGGGACUGACUUUGACAGCCGCGCUUCACUCGUUUUCGAGCGUGGUAACAAUAACGAAUCGAGUUACUUCUUUCCUUCGGACCCUAAUAUGCCUUCGUGGCGACCCUUUUCAAUGGGUUGGCCAUUCCUGACGUUCCUCGUUGUCGUUGCACUUGCACUCGCAGGAUUGCAAGAGUUCCUUUGUCAGCUGUCCCAGAGAGCGGCCGAAUUCGAACCUGGUGACCAACACGAAGGUGGUUUAGUCAAAUUCAAGAACGCCAAAGACUUGACUGUUCUCCAAUACUUCACCUGGAAAUAUGCACCUAUACUAUUUUUUGUCAUCUAUGGAAUCUUAUGGCAAAUCGUCGAUUACGAGGUCAAACGUCUUGAGCCAUACUACCAACUCUCAAAGAAGGAUGGAUCCGCAGCGAGCGAAUCGUUGAAUAUGGACUAUCUGACUUUCAUGAGCUGGUUAGUGCCAUUACGCGCAUUACGGCACAAGCAAUAUGCGGUCAUUUACGUGUCCAUGGCCACGCUCCUAGCUAGUAGCUUGGUUCCUAUCCUUCAAUCGGCAUCCGUGGAAAUGUAUCCCGACGAAGACGAACGCGACGUAAAAGACUGGAAAGCUGUACGCAUUCAGCCCGUGUGGUCAAGAUUCGUUACGAUAUGUCUGGUCAUUGUUGCGAUCCUCGGCAUGUUUCUCAUGAAGGAGAUGCGAAGAAAGAGCGGCCUACUCUCUAAUCCUCAAGGGAUCGCUGGUGUCGCGGCCAUGGCUACAAGAAGUCAUAUUCUAGCGGACUUUCAUGGGUUGGAUACGGCGCCACUCGAGAAGAUCCACAAACAACUUCGCCACCGGCGUUAUAUCCUUCACAAGAGCUCGCUAUGGCAGGGCGCAUAUAUCCGCAAUGUUAAAGAAAAAAUUCCGGAUACUGGCUCUGAUCCACGGCCCCUGAUGCUGCGUCUCAAAGCUGGCAUACCCUACAUUUGCUACCUGAUCUCCUUUGCCGUCAUCCUGCCCGUCUUUCUCUUCGUCGAAGGCGCUCAAAUAGUCACGAAGAAGCUUCCCUUCCUUUUAACAACGCUAGCCACUGUUGUCAAACUCCUCUGGAAUACCAUGAACGGAGACAUUCGCACCGUUGAACCCUACCACAUCCUUGCACAGCGCAGAGCCCCGGCCAAAACCCUAACCCUCGACUACACCGGCACGAAUCCCAUCAUUCUCCCAUUCAAGGCCCUGGUCAAUCGACAUUACAUCGUAUGCCUAGUCGGCGUCGGCUCCAUCCUCGCCGAAGUGCUCACAGUCUGCGUCUCCUCGUUCUCUGUUGAUGGCAAAAAGUUUAUACCAGGGCACAGCGGCAAUGACAGCAACGAUGGGGAUGACGCCCACGACCGCGCCAACACAGACCAAACCUUCCGCUCCUUCUGGUCCUCCUUCGUUCUCUCCAUCGGCAUCAUCUUCUUCCUCGUCGGCGUCGCCUGCGUCGUGUACGUGCACCGCUCUCACAAGUUCAUGCCGCGGCAGGUAGGCACCAUGGCGUCGGUCCUCGCUUUCAUCCAUCAGAGCAAGAUGCUCGUCAACUUCGUUGAUACGGAGAAGUUUGAUAGCAAGCAGAUGACGCUGCAUCUGGAAAAGUCGGGGAAGACGUAUGCGCUGGGAUGGUUUCAAGGAAGGGAUGGCGACGAUCACUGUGGAAUUGAUGAGGAGCCGAUACUGGCGCCGUAUAAUUAUGGGGUUGAUUGGACAAAAGCGAGGGUGCAGGGGCAUACGAUUGGGACGUGGGAGCAUUAUUGAUGAGGCGGACCCGUAUUUCAUUUCUGGUCAGGCAUCGUGCCGGGUUACAUGGUUCACUUGAGAUUGGGCUGGAAGUUCAAUAUGAUCGCUAGAGCUCUAGGUAGAGACUCUUUGGAAGCGCAAUGCUUAUGGGCCAGAAUGAAGCUUUAUGAAAAUAACAUGUCACAUACUCGCUAUACGCUCUUUGCGGUCAACAGGAUUGAUCAACAGCACGACAGCUCUGAACGAGCAGAUCUAC